AAGAGAGACCCGCGACGAAACGUAGGAGACUUUCCCGAUCAUCUGUUGCACCGGCUCGAAGCGACAUCGGCAAAUACCUGAAUAUUGACAUUUGGCGAGUAGUCGCUUUGACGUCGUCGGUUUUGGUGGUCGCGGGUUUACGCUAUCCGGAUCGCCAUCGAUCUCGCGACACUUUUCGCGAACCCAGGCGCGAGAAGAAAACCGCCAAAAUGGCCGAGGACCAGGAACUGAACAAUGACGAGAACGACAUGAACACCAAAUUCGGGCUGCGGCUUAAGGGUAGGAAGGGCGCGUUAAGGAAAAAAAACGUCUACGUGAUCAAGGACCACAUGUUCAUACCGAGAUUCUUCAAACAGCCGACGUUUUGCUCCCACUGCAAGGAUUUCAUCUGGGGCUUUGGCAAGCAGGGUUACCAAUGUCAAGUCUGUAGUUUCGUCGUACACAAACGUUGCCAUGAGUACGUCACUUUUACCUGUCCGGGUGCUGAUAAAGGUGCUGAUUCCGACGACACCAGAACGAGACACCAGUUUAAAGUGCACACAUAUUCAUCUCCUACAUUUUGUGACCACUGCGGCUCUCUACUCUACGGCGUCAUUCACCAGGGCAUGAAAUGCACAGCAUGUGACAUGAACGUACACAAAAGAUGCGAAGAAAGCGUGCCAAACUUGUGCGGGUGCGACCACACCGAACGUAGGGGUAGAAUACAGCUCAGAAUCAACUGUUCGGGCAACAAACUCACCAUCGAAGUUCGACAGGGCAGGAACCUGAUCCCGAUGGACCCGAACGGACUGAGCGAUCCGUACGUAAAAACCAAACUGAUACCUGGUGAUACGGACACGGUGAAAAAGAAAACCAAAACGAUCAAGGCGUGCCUGAAUCCCGUCUGGAACGAAACCAUCACGUUCGACCUCAAGGCUGAAGACAAAGACCGCAGGUUACUAAUAGAGGUGUGGGACUGGGACAGGACAUCCCGUAACGAUUUCAUGGGCUCGUUGUCAUUCGGUAUAUCGGAAAUACUGAAGGCCCCCGCUGACGGUUGGUUCAAACUGUUAACCCAAGAGGAAGGUGAAUUUUAUAACGUCCCUGUGCCUGAAGAGGGGGUGGAUUUGGCUACGAUCAAAACUCAAAUGCGGAAAACGUCUAUAACGAAAAAACCAUCGAUAACAUCGGAUAAAGACGUGCCGCAUAACAUGGGCAAGAAAGACAUAAUACGAGCCAGCGACUUCAACUUCCUAAUGGUUCUGGGCAAGGGUUCCUUUGGAAAGGUUAUGCUAGCGGAACGCAAAGGUACCGACGAACUGUACGCGAUAAAAAUCCUUAAAAAGGACAUUAUAAUCCAGGACGACGACGUAGAAUGCACCAUGGUCGAAAAACGGGUGUUGGCGCUUUCGAACAAGCCACCCUUCCUAGUCCAAUUGCACUCUUGCUUUCAAACGAUGGACCGUUUGUACUUCGUUAUGGAAUACGUAAACGGUGGCGACCUCAUGUUUCAGAUACAACAGUGCGGCAAAUUCAAAGAACCGGUCGCCGUGUUCUAUUCGUCGGAAAUCGCCAUAGGUCUGUUCUUCCUGCACAGCAGGGGAAUCGUUUACAGGGAUCUGAAGCUGGACAACGUCUUGUUGGACCAAGACGGCCACAUCAAAAUCGCCGACUUCGGGAUGUGCAAGGAGGGCAUCUCGGGCGACAAAACGACCAAAACGUUUUGCGGAACUCCCGAUUAUAUCGCGCCCGAGAUAAUACUCUAUCAGCCUUACGGUAAGUCGGUGGACUGGUGGGCCUACGGAGUUCUGCUCUACGAAAUGUUGGUCGGUCAGCCACCGUUCGACGGCGAAGACGAAGAAGAACUAUUCGCCGCCAUAACGGACCACAACGUAAGCUACCCGAAGGGCUUGUCCAAGGAAGCGAAAGACGUGUGCAAAGGAUUUCUGACGAAGAAUCCCAACAAACGGCUCGGGUGCGGCAACCGGGGCGAGGAAGACGUGAGGGGACACGCGUUCUUCAGGAGGAUCGACUGGGAGAAGAUCGAAAAUCGAGAAAUUCAGCCGCCCUUCAAGCCGAAGAUCAAACACAGAAAAGACGUCAGCAACUUCGACAAGCAGUUCACUUCGGAGAAAACGGACCUGACGCCCACGGACAAGCUCUUCAUGAUGAAUCUCGAUCAAACGGAAUUCAUGGGUUUCUCGUUUCUGAAUCCCGAAUUCGUUCAGCAUGUCUGAAUCGCGGCGCGUCUCAAAACACUUACCGAAAAGAAAAUCGCGAUAGAAACGGGAAAAACGCGAUUGGAUCAAUAAACAACACAUAUCUUUCAAGAUACCAAUAGGGACGUUUUUCUAUAACGGUAUUGACUUUGAAUGUGUGUCAUAAAAUUGUUUCUAUGAAUGUUAUCGAUUCGGACAUUCCGUCGUUUCGCGGAUUACCUCAGAAUAAACGUCGCGCAGAAACGACAACGAGAGUCGAAGUAGGGUUCCAACUGUCACUCAAAGUCAAAUUUGACCAAAAAUAGAUUUACAAAAAGGCGUUUUAGAACAAAAACCAUAAUUAACCGUACUCUACCAAACCCACACAAAAAAAUUAAAAUUUUGAAUAACGCCCAUUUUUUGGGGAUUCAAUGAACGAAGGCUAAUAUAUGAUUCAGCUUCAUAUAAAACGCUUUUGUAGCCCAAAAGCAACAUGAAAAAUUGAAGAAUAAGAUUCAAAGGUUUGAAAUUAUAGAAAUUAUAGAACUAGAGCAGAAACUUUCAUUAACAAAAACGCUCCCAUAGUACUGGGCUGUUCCAAAUAAAUUGAAAAGUAUAGCUUCGCAAAAUCGAAAUCAUACAGGGUGAUUCAUGAAGAUGGUGUACUAGAAGAUGUAUACAUUAUUUUGAAUAUGAGUAUAAGUAUAUAUGAGCAGCCUUGAGUACCUUUUAAAAAUAUUUUUUCUAAAUGGAACAGCCUAUAUAUUGUUGCAUUUAAUAUAGGGUACCUUGAGCAAAAGUUUUCCACAAUUUUAUUUGGAAUCCAAAUAUGCAAUAACAUACAGGGUGUUCCCUGUAUAUUUGAUUUUUUUUACAAAACGUGCACUAGCUACUCUUACGUGGGUGAUUCUGUUUCCUUUCUACCUAAAAUUUCUAAGAUUUAAUUUCACCGCAUUUAUCCACAAUACCGACGUAAAAUACAGUACGUAGAUGGCGCUCUAGUCAUAUAAAUUCGAAACCAAAAAUUCGUUAAAUUUUAUGAGGUAAUUAGUUUAGAUUUUCUCUGAACGACCAAUUAUAUUACAUAAAAAAAAAACAAUACAAGACAUUAAAAAUCACAAAUAAAACACCCAUAUACUCAUACCAAAGUUGAAGAUAUUAAAAUAAGUCAUUUUUGAUAAACAUCUACAUGAGAGUAUAGUGGCAAUUGAAAUAAUAAUAAUACUCGACGAAAAAUUUUCCAAGACCAACAAAACUUCCCAUUUUUUUUCCGUCACGACUACUAAAAAUUUAAGCGAUUAAAGAAAGUUGCUUAACAACUUGGUUAAGCUAGAAUUCACGCUUCAAACUAUAAUCGCAAUAGCAUUGCGAUUACGUCAAUGCACGUGACGUCAAAGACUCGACUGUCGCAUCUGUGCGGCUUUUGUUCUGUGACAAUUCGAGGAGUAAAUUUCACAAUGUAUUUCGCUAAGGGGAUGUUUAUACGUCAAGCGUUGACCUGUAUGUGUCGGAAACAUUUUUUAAGAACCCAAGAUGGCAGAAAAAACCAUACCACGGACUAUACUAGGCUACACAAUCAUAUUAUAUACGCAUGAUUUUUGUUUACUUCCUGUGUUAAAGCCGGCCACAGGGACAGUUCGGGAAAAGGGAGAUCAGUUAAGGCAAUUGAAGGAAAAGAUUUCGAAACUUAUUCGACAGGUAAAGAUGACACAAUCGAUUUUAAAUUAAAAAUCAAGGAACGUGUCUCUGUGCCCGGUCGGCUUAGAUCUUUCACACCGAAUUGAGCGUCAAACUCGCAUUGUGAAAUUUGUUCUGGACCCAAGUAUUGGUAUUUCCAAGUAGACGCGUAGGAUAUUUAUAUUAUUGUAGCAAUAACACAUUCCUUAGUUAUAGCGGCAUGGCAAUGUGGUCUCAAACUCUAAGCUUACGAUAGAGGGAAAGGGUCCGUUUGUACACUUUACUCGCAACUCUUUUCUUAUAUAUACAUAUAAACAAAGGGUGUUAAAACUUGGUAUAGAGUUUCUUAUACAGUUCUUCCAGCCAUGUUCUCCACGAAAUGGCGGUCAAAGCCUGUUAUAUAUACACUUUUACAUAUAUUUAGAAUCUCCGCCGGCAUUUCGGACAACUGGUCGCCUUCACCGAUAGGUGGGGGUCACCCUUCGAAUCUCAUAUAGGGUAAAUUUUUACGACAUUUUUCCCAUGUGAGUGAUAUUAGUCAUUUCUAGUUAACAUAAAUAUUAUAUAAAGUCUGUUAAUGUUGCUUUCAUCUUGAACUUCAGAAAUGAGCAAAUAAAAGCGAAUAUUUUAAUACUUCCUAGCGUUAGGACUAAAGGUAAGUCGUAGGGAAUAUGUAAUCACUCUUUUAUGCAGACACCUCUUUCAAAAAUUUAGAAAACCGUAAGUCCUGUUGAAAAAUAGAAGUAAGGUAAAGUGUGGCUCCAUCUAGGAGCAGAAGAUAUACAUACAUCAUUUUGUUCAAAACAUUUUUAAAUUUUUUAAAUGUUCGAUUGACCUUCUCCAUUUAAAGCAAAACAUCUGUGGGGUGACUGGGUUGCAAGUCCUAUACCGUCACAGUAGAUACAAUCUCAACUAUUCUUAAAUUACUUUCAAAAAACUUGUUUAAGCCUAUAAAAAUUAAAAAGUAGCAUAUUUUACAGCCUUUAGACUAUAAAAAGUGUUUUUAAAUCGUUCAAUGUAAAGUAGGAGCAAAGACUUGUCCAAUGGCAGAGACAUAAUGAAAAUUAAUUAAUGAAUAGGUCAAAUUUGGGAAGGUGGUAUUUAUCCCUUUAACUCUGUCAGGUCCUGCUAGUAUUAAUAAUAGAAAAAAAAAACAAGUAGAAAAAUCUACAAACUUGUCUAUUUCUACUUGUAGCAUUUUAAUGUUCUAUCAAACACCACGGGUAAAAUAAUUAUUUUCUAGGUUAGGGUCAUCGGCAUAUUAUAAAUCUGUCGUAUUCUGUCGAACCAAUUUUAUUAAAAAAAUAUUUUCAUAGAUUUCUUAAAGUAUCACUUUUUUGCAGUUUUCUUUAUUAAAUUACUGCAAGAAAAUCGGAUUCCGAUAUAAUUGGUAAAAAAAGGUGUCAGCAUAAAAAUAUAAAAAGUGCCAAUAUACAUUUAAACGUUUUUAUCAAAUAACUUCUAUAAAUUAAUGAAAAAAAAUCACGUGAAUGAGCCAAACAGUUGUAAUAAACUAAAAUGAAACUAUAUAAAGUUAAGGUAUAAAAACGCUUGUACAAUCAUGACGUUUCGUUCGACGGAACGAAGGUAGAAAUUUUAAGAUCUGGCAACAUUAAUAAUUUCUUUUCUAUGCUUAAUACUCUUUUGCCGUUACAAUAUUAUUCGAAAAUGGCAGGCAGCUUUUUUAUCGUGUAAUUCUUAAAUUUAUUUCCUUCGAUGCGAUUCAUUUAUAACCGUUCCAGUUAAGGUGGUAACAAUAGUCAUCAUAUCUAACAUUUAUCGUGUGUGAACGUGAGUAUAUGAAAAUGACUGUUCUGCACAUCUUAAACGGAACGUAAUAUUGUAUGUAAAAAUAAGUUUUUUCUUUUAAAAUGGGAUCCACAACUUUUUUGUUUUUAAGAUUAAAGAAACUUCUGAUGAACGCACGAAACCCCGUAUAGUAACAGAAGUAAUGGUGGUGUGCAAUAAUACCAAUUAUGGUGUAAUAAUAGUUUUAAGUCCCGUUCAUUGAAAACGAAGAAGUUGUCGAUUCUAUAUGAUUAGAAUACUCGGAGUCUGCUUUCUGCGUCACGAAAGAAAUGUUAAAACUGCUCAGUUUUAAUAAUAUCAACUCUGGAGUUUUAAGGUUCUUUUCGGAGUUUUUUCAAAAGCAAACUUUCUUCAUUUAGGCAUUCGUUUAAGUGAUACCGCGUCAGUUUCGUUAUUUACUUUAAUGUGUACAUAACAAUUGAGCGUACCUCAUGUUCUGCCAUAAAGAUCGUGAUUUCUGUUAACUUAUUUGUUUUAUUAUCAGGGUUAUAUUGCAAUAUUUAUAUAACUGUUAUUUAUUAGCUUGGUCGUAUACUUCGUUAAAUUUUUAAUUUUCACAUGCAUAUUAUAUGAAAUUCUAGUCACAUUUUAUAUUCAUAUUGUUAUCUAGUCAUACGUUAUAAACUUUGCCCAAAGUGAGCAAACUCGUUUUUGAUGUAUGGUGAAACCAAAUAUACUAAACGAAUUUCAAAUAUAAUGUAACCGCAUAAUAUAGUAGAAUAAUGCUGCGUGUUUUAAAAAGUUAUUACUCCACUGUUUGUCCUAAUCUCUGUGAUCUUAUUUUGUAAACUAUGUAUUAUUAUCAAUCAAAACGUUUAAAACGGUUCACUUGGGUAAUGAGUUUUUAUGUUUUAUAUCUUAUAGAUAUUUUUAUUAUUGUAUUUAUAAUGUUGUAAAUCUUCAAGUACUUCUAAAGAACUAAUUUUAAAUUACAACUUACCUU